AGCCCGAGUGCUGUCAGCCGGCGGGGAGAUAACAAAGGGCGCAGGGGGCUCCUCCUAUAGCGGGGGCUGUCACUGGCUCACACGUACCGGCACAACGAGCGCAUCCACCGAGAGCCUGUGCCAGCCCCUGCACCAUGGCCGAGCAGCACCUCCACACGCAGGGCAAAGCAGAACCGCUGGAUCCCUCAGAGGAUGCGGAACUGGCGCUGGUGGGGAUCAAUAUGCUCUUGAAUAAUGGCUUCAAAGAGUCCGACCAGCUGUUCAGGAAAUACAGGAAUAACAGUCCACUGAUGAGCUUUGGUGCCAGUUUUGUCAGCUUUUUGAAUGCUAUGAUGACUUUCGAAGAAGAAAAAAUGCAGUUGGCAUGCGAUGAUUUAAAAAUGACUGAAAAACUGUGUGAAAGUGACGAAGGCGUCAUAGAAACCAUAAAGAAUAAAAUCAAGAAAAAUGUUGACAUUAGAAAGUCUUCUCAGUCCAUGGUUGAUCGGCUGCAGAGACAGAUAAUUGUGGCAGACUGCCAGGUUUACAUUGCGGUACUGUCCUUUGUUAAGCAAGAACUGUCAGCUUAUAUAAAAGGUGGGUGGAUCCUGCGAAAAGCCUGGAAAAUAUACAACAAGUGCUAUGUGGAUAUAAAUGCCCUUCAGGAAAUGUAUCAGAAGAAGACAUCUCAGGAGUCUGAUGCUGCAAACGAUAAUCACAUUGACGCUGAAGGUGUCACGGAGGAUUCUCUUAACAGGCUGAAAGGUGCUGUGAGCUUUGGCUACGGACUUUUUCACCUUUGCAUAUCCAUGGUGCCCCCAAACCUGCUCAAAAUCAUCAACUUGCUGGGUUUUCCGGGAGACCGUCUGCAGGGGCUUUCUUCACUGAUGUAUGCAAGUGAAAGUAAGGACAUGAAGGCCCCUUUAGCUACGUUGGCAUUGCUAUGGUACCAUACUGUAGUACGCCCAUUCUUUGCACUGGAUGGCAGUGAUAACCAAGGUGGACUGAAAGAGGCCAAAGAGAUUCUUAACAAGAAGGAAUCAGCCUAUCCCAACUCUUCUUUAUUUAUGUUCUUUAAGGGAAGAAUACAGCGAUUAGAGUGUCAAAUAAACAGUGCCUUGACUUCUUUUCACACCGCUCUGGAACUGGCAACAGACCAGAGGGAGAUCCAGCAUGUUUGUCUAUAUGAAAUAGGUUGGUGCAGCAUGAUAGAAAUGAACUAUAAGGAUGCCUUCCAAUCCUUUGAGAGACUGAAGAACGAAUCGCGAUGGUCCCAGUGCUACUAUGCUUAUCUGACCGCAGUGUGUCAGGGGGCCACCGGGGAUGUGGAUGGAGCACAUGAUGUAUUUAAAGACGUCCAGAAACUUUUCAAACGGAAGAACAACCAGAUUGAGCAAUUCUCUGUUAAGAAGAGUGAACGAUUUAAAAAACAAAGCCCAACCAAAGAGCUGUGUGUUCUGGCUGCUAUUGAGGUGCUGUAUCUGUGGAAGGCUCUUCCCAACUGUUCUCUCUCUAACCUCCAGCGCAUGAGCCAAGCUUGCCAUGAAGUGCUGGAUCCAGCUGUUGUGGGUCUGAGGAGUUUGCUCCUUGGUGCUAUACAUAAAUGCCUCGGGAACACUGAAGAUGCCGUUCAGUUUUUCCAGCGCGCAGUUAAAGAUGAAAUAGGUCGUCAGCAGAACCUGUAUGUGCAGCCAUAUGCUUGUUAUGAACUGGGCUGCCUAUUAUUGGACAAUCCAGAGACUGUGGUGAAGGGGAAAACAUUGCUUUUUCAGGCAAAGGAAGAAUAUACCGGCUAUGAUUUUGAGAACAGAUUGCACGUGCGGAUCCAUGCAGCCUUAGCCUCUCUCAGAGAAGUGGUCCCGCAGUGAUGCAGUGUGUGUCUGACACUGGUUUCUACACUGGUUUCUGCACUUUAAUCAGAAGCAGAGGAUCAAAAACACUGGGCAAAAUGGUGGAUUCUGCAUUGUUCCAAAAAACGACCUGUGCCAGACAAAAUGCACAGAACUGGCACCAUUUGCCUGAAAUGGAAUUCAGUUUUUUUAUUUAAAAAUACAAACAAACAAACCCUGGGGAGGGAACCAUGUAAUAUAUUAUAUUCCCUCUUCUGGGUUGGCAGACAUGUAGUUUGGCAGCUGCUGUGCUAUUCAGGGGCACAUUAGUGCUGAUCAGUAGUUCCACCUACUGGACACACUAUAGAACUGUAUAAGCACUCCUUUUAUGUAACCUUACUGACAGACACCAUUAAAUGUAAGGGGAUAAUGUUCACCUUAGUAGAUAUUGCUGCUCUGCUUACAUUUGCUGGAUGUGAUUCCGCCAAGGAACACUGUACCAAAAUGAUAUUGGCAAGAAGUGCUUAAUGCAGUCGCAUACACUGAAUUGCUGCUAGGAAAUUCCCAGUAGAAAGGGGCACUGGUUAUGCAGCUAGGACUUAGGAUACACACACAAUGCCACAGUGUCCUUUAAUUUCAGCACAACCCAUGCUACCAUCUUGUAUUGUCAGGUCUCACUAACAUGUAGAUGGGAGCACUGGAAGUUUUUGUUACCUAGCUUAUCUGGGGGUCAGUUAUCCAAUGUUAUUUGUGGAUUUUGUUUUUGGAUAAUUUUCCCAUUCUGUAACUGAAGUUCAUCUAUCUUAUUGGGAGAUUACUCAUAUGCCGCAGUUAAGGUUUUGUUUUUUAAAUUCUUUAAAAAAAACCUUUAAUAAUCGGCAUUUUUUGCACAGGCCUCUAGGUAUAUUUGAUUUUAAGAGACCUGAAAGGCAGUGUUUUAUUGGAUCAAUUUAAAACAGAACCAGGGGUAGAACUCUACCCCAAACUGCACAGAAUAUGCUGUUGUACAUCAGUUGCAACACCGAAGAAAAUACACAAGCGUCAUUAACUUAUAAGUAUAAAAAUGGUUGAUUUGCGUGAAUUGUGAUGCGGCUGUGCUGUACUUGUACAGGGUGCUGCUAAUAAAUGCUGCAAUAGGGGCUUUAAAUCUGGUGGGAAUGCAACCACUGGUUCCCAAACCACCCUUGGUGAAAACCUGGCCGAUAAUGAAUCACUACCAUCCUCGCAAUGCCUUAUUAAUACAGAUCAAUUAUACAGAAACGUCCAACUAUAGGGGAAAUAGCACACCCUACUGCAUUGCAGACUUUUAUCCACUUAUAGUUGGGCAGGCAGUGGGUUGUACCACUUUGAUGCCUCCCUCCCCAUUCAUAGCUAAUUUGCUCUGAUAUGGAUAGAGGUUAUAAACACGAAUUGGACUGAUAUAGUUACAGACUUUGUUACAGUGGAUACAGGUGUUGAACUGUGCUACAACAAGGGGCCUGCAUGAAAUCUUUUUUUAUUGAUCUAGUAAAAACUUAAUACCAAAUUUUCAAUUAUUUUUUUUCAAGGACUUGAAAUCAGUGAAAGGCAAUACAGUAAAGAAGCUGUAGCACUUGUGCUUCUGCAUAGUACUUGAAAACAUUCUUUAUGUUCAACUUCAGGGACUUUUCAAUGUUGUUUGUAGCAGACAAAUCACUAAAUGUGUAUUGUGUGUGUGUAGUGAGCUUGUCCGUACAAUGAGCAGUAAGUAGAAAGGCUGCUGGGAUGCAGUUGUUAGGUAGGUAGGUAGGACUUUCCCUUUAAUGGAUGAAAUCAUAUGGAAACAUUCUUUGUGCAGCCCUGUGCUAAUAUUUCUAUUAGACCUACAGAUGUAGCCUCUUAAGUGCAGUAACAUCUCUGGCUAUACAAAUCCACCAUGAACAACUGGUCUGACUGCCUGCCUUUCAAAGAAAAAAAAGGCAGUUUCUAGCAGUCCAUAAUUUCUGAGGUUGUUAUACAAGUGUAUGUAUGUAAUAAAAUGCCAGAGGGGAACAUGCCACUCACUAAACCAGGGUUUCUGAUGCCAGUGGUUGCCUGACGAGCUGGCCUCCAGCUAUUGGAAUGGUAACUGCCUUCCAUGUAUAGUUGAUAAUCAAAAUGCCUGGGUGCAGUAUACACAAGUGCAAAUGUAACCAUUGAAACAGAAUACCGCACUCACAGGACUUAGUGAAAAAAUACAAUGAAGUUUAUUGUGAAAAACGUCUGUCUAAUGUUUCGGCCGUGUCCACAGCCUUUCUCAAAGUGAGACUUUCUCAAAUAUAUAUAUAUAUAUAAGGAAAUGUCACUGUUUUUAUAAAGGGGGUAAUAUAUAUAUAUAUACCCUCUUUAUGUUGGGCAACAAGCCUGACAGUCAGACAGAAGCUCUUUAGAAUGGGACCCUGGACAGAAAAUGGAAUUUAUGCUUCAAAAGAUUUAUUAGUUUGGUUCUGUAUAAGAGGAAUGACCAGAGUGUAAAUAUAUUUGACCAAACCGGAAUUUGCAGGACUUAUCAGAUGAAAAGUGAAAAAGUCUAGCAACUAAAAGCUGCAGCAUUUCUUUAGCAGUCAAAGGAGAUGGAACCUGCAAUUUUGUUGACAGUGAAUAGAACAAAGCAAAUUUUCCUUUUAUUUUCAACUUUUUUUUAUUGUACAACAUACAGAGAAACUGCAGGGAUGACUGCAGCAUUAGGCACAACUGUUGAGUGCUGCACCCUACAUUACAGUGAUUUUAGACAGUACGUUUUCAAUAAUUAAUACAUGGAAAACAUGAAUUGCAGACAGAAUUUUAAUAGACUGUGGGUCACAUGAUGUGAUUUUGCUGAACUGAGCCACAAUCAUGCCUAUAAUUCAAACCUUUCUACCCCCUGCAUACUGGGCAGAUGGAAGCAGCUGCCACACACUCGCACUUCUGUCUCCCACUAGGUGCCAAUAUGGAACCCGCUGGCUCUCUUCAACUCAAUCUCAUCACCACUGGCCAAAGCUGCUGGUCUGAAACAGGUUAACCUAUCCAUGUGUUUCCUUCAUACCUAUAGGUCUGCUAGAAAUGUGGCAUGAGUAUUGUUUCCAUUGGAUUUUGCCUGUGAUGAGAACAAUGAGGAUGGUAGUGGCACUGGCUGAGGGUUUAUACUCGGAGGCAUUAUCUAAGAGCAAUAAAGGCACUGUGUGUGUGUGUAUCUGUGGGCUGUCCAUCAUUUGCUGUAGUUUGUUUGUUUCUGUUAUUUGCAGAGUAGAAAAUAAUGGUACAUAGAUGUUACCAAAAGCCUAGAGUAGAAUAUUUAUUGUAGUGUAAUGUUUGAGAACUUACACUUUUGUAUUUCCUUACAGACAAUAAAAGGAAAGAUGUUUUA